UAUUUUGAAAAAAGAAAAAAAAAAUAAAGAAUUUGCCCCAAUACAGUGUGAAUAUCCAGCAGUGAUCGUCUCCCUCCGACCGCCACUCACACGCUACUCCGUUUGAUAUUUUCUUUCUCUCUAAUUGGUUCUCACUGUUAAACGACAAAGUUGUCUCCACAUACGACGUCGUUUCAAUCUUCUCUUGGGAUUUUCUCGCCCACAUAAUUGGAGUUCAACACUCUCUGAGCAGUUCGAUUUGCCUCCCCAAACUAGGGUUUUUACUUCAACCACUGUUUAGUUCUUCUAUACAGUUCGAGCUGGCUAUGGACUACGAGCCCUACGAUAGCAGUGGAACUGAUGAUGAUCUUCCUCCAUCACAUCAAAACAGAAUCCCUAGAGCAGGUCGUGUUGCAGGGAAUGGAAGAUCUGCUAUGGGCUCUCUUCCAUACUCUAGGAUGUAUGGUGAAACUGACAUGGAGGCUCAGAUUCACCAGCUUGAGCAAGAAGCAUACAGUUCGGUUCUAAGAGCCUUUAAAGCUCAAGCUGAUCUCAUUACUUGGGAAAAAGAAAGUUUAAUAACUGAGCUAAGAAAAGAGUUGAGAUUAUCUAAUGAGGAACACAGAGAGCUUUUAGGACGAGUUAAUGCAGAUGACAUCAUAAAGAGAAUAAGGGAGUGGAGACAGGCAGGUGGAGCUCAAGCUGGUAUGCCCAGUACAAGUCAAGCAGCUCAUGAUCCAAUACCUAGCCCCACAGUCUCUGCAUCUCGCAAGAAGCCAAAAGUCUCUCAGUCAGUAGCCUCCCAAUCCUUUGGGGGGCCAUCUCCAUCAUUUCACCCACAGGCAGCUGGAUCCCACCAACCAUCUUCAUCCACUGCAAAACGAGGAUCUGUUCCAGGAGCCAAGGGAAAGAAACAGAAACCUGGAUUGCCUGGUGGUUCAUCAAUGAAGCAAUACCCUUCUUCUGGUCCGACUGGAAGGGGUCAAGUUGUUAAUAGAGUUGCUUCUGGUAACAUUGCAAGUGAACAUGCUGAAGGGGCGGCAAUAGAUUCAUUAAUAGGGAAGAAAGUGAGAACAAGGUGGCCUGAUGAUAACAACUUUUAUGAAGCUGUUAUAACUGACUUUAAUGCUGCCGAGGGAAGGCAUGCUUUAGUUUAUGAUAUGGGUUCUAAUAAUGAGACAUGGGAGUGGGUUGAUCUGUCAGAGAUAUCCCCUGGAGAUAUUCAAUGGGUAGAUGAGGAGGUCUCUCAUCGCGGGGGCUAUGGUGGACCUGGUCAUGGGAUCAAUAGACCAAUAGGAGGUCGUGAUACUGUUCCAGGUGCUGGAAGAGGUAGAGGUGCUACAAAAGGUCAAACAAGAAAAGACUUUUUGCCAUCACAAAAUGGCAUUGGAAAGAAAAUGCCAGAUGAGAUCAAAAUACUCAACACGGAUAGUUUAAUUAAGGAAGUGGAGAGGGUCUUUGGUUCAAAUCAUCCGGAUCCACUUGAAGUUGAGAAAGCAAAGAAAGUUCUGAAGGACCAUGAACGAGCUCUUAUUGAUGCAAUUGGAAAGAUUACGGAUAUCUCCGAUGGUGAAAGUGAUGAAGGUGGACACCAGUUCUUGCAUGGACAAUCCACGGACUGACAAUCAUGUAUUUUGGUUAGUUGGAAGGAACAAAAAAGGGGAAAUAAAAAAAAAUAGUUGGUUGAUUUAAGAUGAAGUUGUGCAAUAAGAGAUGGCCAGCUUGAUAAUGAUGCUGUGGGGGAACAAAUUCAAUUGAUAAUCAGUCCUCUUUUGUAAAAUCAGUCCUUUUUCUUAUAUAUAUAAAUUUUAUUUAGUGUAUUUUUUAAUUCCCCAACACGGGUAAUUAGCAUGGGUUUUGGGCAUUUAGGAUAUAGAUUUUUUAGGCUAAGAAUUCAUAAUAGUUUCUUGACGGUGAUAAAUUUAAGCAUAGGAAAGUCUGAUGCUUUAUGUAACAAAUCUGAUUUAGAUAAACUUGUCAUGUAUAAUAUUUGCUAUUAUUGCUCUCUUUUUAAUAA